AUGGGAAAAGCAACCAAAAAGAAAAGACAGAGAGGGGGCGGAGGAGAAAAAGAAGAGAAAGGAAGAGAAGGGGGGGAGCCAAAGGAGGAAGAACGGAGGAGGAAACCGAAGGGAGAACAGGGAGGGGAGGGCAGAAAAGGGGGGUGUGGGAGAGCGAGACCGCCCAGGAUCACGGGUCUCCUAGUGGGAUACCCAUUCGGCAUUAAUGGCCUCCGGAGCACUCUCUGGGUAUGGUUGGCGGUAGGGUCUCUGAGUCCCUCUCUCGUGUCACAUACCUUUCUCGGUCAGUUCAUUCACCCCCUCCGGCUUCCUGCCGGGCUCGUGGGCCCUCCCCCUUGUUCUCGUUACUCAGCCGGCUUGGGUCCGCUCCAUCGAAGCGCAUUUCCGUGGGCUCACGGACCCCGGGCCUCCCCCGCGCUCGCGCCCCCCCGCCCCCAGCCCCCGGUCAUCCGGAGUUGCCCCCGCCGAUAA